GCGGCCGCUGCGGCCAUGGGGGCCCUGACGAGCCGGCAGCACGCGGGCGUGGAGGAGGUGGACAUCCCGUCCAAUUCCGUGUACCGCUACCCGCCCAAGUCCGGAAGCUAUUUUGCCAGCCACUUCAUUAUGGGAGGAGAGAAGUUUGAUUCAACCCAUCCUGAAGGUUACCUGUUUGGAGAAAACAGCGAUCUGAACUUUCUGGGGAACAGGCCAGUUAUGUUUCCUUAUGCCGCCCCACCUCCCCAAGAACCCGUGAAGACUCUGAGAAGCCUGAUCAACAUCCGAAAGGACACACUGAGACUCGUCAAAUGUGCUGAGGAAGUGAAGAGCCCUGAGGAAGAGGCCGGCAAAGCAAAAGUCCACUACAAUGUCGAGUUCACCUUCGACACAGAUGCUCAGGUAGCCAUCACCAUCUAUUAUCAAGCCACCGAAGAGUUCCAGAAUGGUAUUGCCAGCUAUAUUCCGAAAGACAACAGCCUCCAGUCGGAGACUGUGCACUACAAGCGAGGGGUGUGUCAGCAGUUCUGCCUGCCCUCCCAUACCGUGGAUCCAUCCGAAUGGUCUGAAGAGGAGCUUGGCUUUGAUCUGGACCGAGAGGUUUACCCAUUAGUGGUCCAUGCUGCGGUGGAUGAAGGAGAUGAGUAUUUUGGCCAUUGCCAUGUACUGCUGGGUACUUUUGAGAAGCACACAGAUGGGACUUUCUGCAUCAAGCCGCUCAAACAGAAACAAGUCGUAGAUGGGGUCAGCUACCUCCUUCAGGAAAUCUAUGGAAUUGAAAACAAGUGCAACACACAAGAUUCUAAGGUGGCUGACGACGAAGUGAGUGAUAACAGUGCUGAGUGUGUGGUAUGUCUCUCAGAUGUUCGGGACACCUUGAUUCUGCCCUGUCGCCACCUCUGCCUCUGUAACACCUGUGCAGACACCCUGCGCUACCAGGCCAACAACUGCCCCAUCUGCCGACUGCCCUUCCGGGCACUGCUUCAGAUCAGAGCCAUGAGGAAAAAAUUGGGCCCCUUGUCCCCAACCAGCUUUAACCCCAUCAUCUCAUCCCAGACAUCUGACUCUGAAGAGCAUUCAUCCUCAGAGAAUAUUCCACCAGGUUAUGAAGUGGUGUCUCUCCUGGAGGCCCUCAAUGGGCCCCUCACCCCAUCCCCAGCAGUCCCUCCACUUCACGUGCUUGGGGAUGGCCACCUCUCAGGAAUGCUACCUUCAUAUGGCAGCGAUGGCCACCUGCCCCCUGUCAGGACGCUCUCCCCACUUGACCGCCUGUCUGACUGCAGCAGCCAAGGACUCAAGCUCAAAAAAAGUCUUUCCAAAUCCAUUUCCCAAAAUUCCUCCGUGUUGCAUGAAGAGGAAGAUGAACGUUCUUGCAGUGAGUCGGAGACACAGCUCUCUCAGAGACCAUCAGCUCAUCAUCUCAGAGAGGAAUGUGGUGUCACUCCAGAAAGCGAAAAUCUCACCUUGUCAUCAUCGGGAGCUAUCGACCAGUCAUCUUGCACAGGGACGCCUCUCUCUUCCACAAUUUCCUCCCCAGAAGACCCUGCCAGUAGCAGUUUGGCCCAGUCGGUCAUGUCCAUGGCUUCCUCCCAGAUCAGCACUGACACGGUCUCCUCCAUGUCUGGCUCCUACGUCGCCCCUGGCACUGAAGAGGAGGGAGAAGCUCUCCCUUCCCCCCAGGCUGCCUGCAGGGCCCCCUCAGAGGAAGGAGAGGGGAUGCCAGUGGAGUCUCCGGAUAGCAACUUUGCUGACCUCCCAGCAGGAGGGCAGGAUGCAGAGGGAAACGAUGUCAUAGAGGAAGAGGAUGGAUCACCCACACAAGAAGAUGGCCAGAGGACAUGCGUAUUUCUAGGUAUGGAGUGUGACAAUAACAAUGACUUUGACAUCGCAAGCGUGAAAGCACUGGACAAUAAGCUGUGCUCUGAGGUCUGCUUACCCGGUACCUGGCAGGCUGAUGACAACGUUGUCAGUCGUCGGAACACCCAGUGCCGGCGUUUAUCAUCCAGCAGCCUGGAGGACCCUGAGGACAGGCCCUAUGUGUGGGGUCCAUUGGCUGUCUGAGCACCUCAGCCCCUGAACCCAGGCUCCCCUCCUGUCCUCGCAUUCCAUCGUCCUCACUGGGCCGCCGGCCUCCUGGGCAAGACACGUGCAGACUUUAUACUCGUGUGAGAGCUGAGCGUUGAGUUCAGCCUGCUACUUCUCCCAGCCUCCUCUCCUGUAACCAUGAUCCUUCCCCUCUCAGAAGGGACUGGAAGCCCUCCUCUCACCUUGUGGGCUGAAGCCACUUGAUGAACUGCAGCUCAGGAGACCCUUGCAGAGACUCUCUGGAACAUUCUGCGUGUCUUGAUCUUCAGGUGGAGCUGGGAUCCACGGGCUAGUUGUUUCUUACGCACCGUUUUUUCCUUAGGGGGUAGACUGAGAAGACUCAGUUUCUGCAACUUUGUUACAAAUACCCAUCUGGCAUUUCCUGGUC